UCUCUCUCUCUCUCUCUCUCUCUCUCUCACCUUUUUAAGUCUUCACCCUAGAGAUCUUCACCACCUUAAGAACUUAUACCUCACUUUCUUCCCCUAUUAAUCCCUCUGUCCAUUUUUACAUUCUCUCUCUCUGCAUUUCUUCCUCUUCGGUGUUUCUUUGUUGUACUAAAAGCUGCUAGUCUUUCUGCUAAAGCCUUUAUGUACUGAUCAUUCAGAGUCUAUUGUAAAUGCUCCCUUCUCUCCUUCAAGUUUUCAUCAUCAUACACCAUUGCUUACAGCUGUAUAACAACUAACAAACCCUUUUUGUUUAAGACCCUGAAUUUUUUUUUAAUCCCAGUCAUUAUCUUUCCUUUUCAUAAAUAUGGCUAUGAUCAAUAUUCCCACUGAUCAUAUCAAGCUUAGGAAAACGCUUUUGAUCGAGAAAAAACCAUUGAUGCUCAAAGACUACCUCAGAGACGAUCUGAGUUCGUGCUCUUCUAGUGGUUUCAAAUCGUUUCCACGUCGCCAGUGUUGCACCACCGUCAGGUUUCUUCUCGAGGCCGACUUGAAGAAAACGAAAGAUUGCUCAAGCAUUGCGAAACGACAUCUCAAAAGAAGUUGUUCGAAGCCAGCUUCCACCAAUAUUUCAACUCUUCAAAGAGCUUCGGAGGCCGUUCUUAACGCCGUCAAGCUACUGCCUUUUGCUUCCUUCAAGUCAUCUUCACCGUCGUUACAAAGCAACAGUUCGAGGAAAGGACUUUUACCAAGGAGUUUUUCAAGGAAGCUCUUCAAAAGAAGGUUUUGGAGAAAAGCUGAAAAGGAAGAUGGUGAGAUCAGACGCUGGAGAUUAUUUCGUGAAUUUCUUGAAGAGAAAAAUCAACCGGCUGAUCAGAAUAAUAUUGCCAACGUGAACACCACCGACACCUUUUCUAGCAUUAUCACUACCAGUAGGGUCUCUACAAGCACAAGCAGUAACAGAAACAGCUGGCCCGAAAGUGAAUUCACUGCGGACAUUUUACAGUCUUCGAGCCGUAACUCCGAGAGUUUGAGCGAGAACGACGUUGUUGAUGGUAAAACAAAUUUACCUGAGAUUAAAAGGGUCAGCAAUGUAACAGGCGUAACAGUAGGUGAGGAUUCCAUCAACUACACGAAGGAACAGGAUUGGCGAAACGAGGACGGAAAAGAACAAUUUAGUCCAGUCUCUGUACUAGAUUGCCCAUUUGAUGAUGAAGAAGACAAUGGCUCUCCUUUCAAAGACCAACUCGCACGUGUGGAAGGAACCAAACAAAAGCUCAUGCAAAGGAUUAUAGGGUUUGAGAACCUGGCUCAGCUGGCGCCUGUGGACUUGGAGAAACGAAUUGCAUUUUCAGAGCUUGAAGAUGAAUCACUUGAAUCCCCCAAGGAACCCUGCUCAGUGUCUGUCGACAACAAUGGCAACAUAUCUGAUGAAGUUAAGCAAGAAAAAGAUAAAGAAGGAAAUGGGAAACUACUUAUGCUAUUGAAAGCGAAAAUCCCAUCAGACAGUUCAAAGUUUAAGGCUGAUAAUCUAUUGUUAGAUUUCUUUAGGGAGAGAAUGGUUGAAGAUAACAAUGCCGAAAAGCAUGCUAAGAUGGGGCUUGAAGAGUUUGUGCUAGACUUACUCAAGGUGGCUGAAGAUUGGGUUAAUGGGAAUCCUCAAGAAUUGCUUCUCGGAUGGGAGGUGCAGGAUGGUAGAAAAGCCUAUGUGAAAGAAAUGGAGAGAAAUGAAAAUUGGAGAAACUUUUAUGUGGAAAAGGAAAAGGUGGGAUCAGAGGUAGAGCUUGAGAUUUUCAGUUUGCUGGUGGAUGAGUUACUGACUGAUCUCUUUUGACAUUUUGUUCACUCAUUCAAGGUGGUUUUCGUCACUGCAAGGACAGGAAUUGACUUGAAUGACUAAAGCCACCUUGAAGAAGGCAACUAGAGGUGCAUUGAUUUUUUCUAUUAUUAUUAUUAUUCUCCCUUUUUCUCUUUUCUCGGGAGAAAAGAUUGUGAAAAAAUAUUCUGAAAUUUUUGGGAACACGAACUGGUUCUUCUCUUCUUCUCUAUAGCCGUACUUCUUUUUCGAGCAUAAAGGGGACGCUUGCUUUA